AUGAGCAGCGGGCCACAGACCCCAAUGGCGAGAUUGAGGAACGAUGUCGUUCAGGCCUUGCUGAAUUUGGCCAAGGACUCCGCUGGCGCGCGGAACAUCAUCGUGAACUGCAGCGGAGUCCAGAGGCACCUCAUCAACAUAUCCGAACAGCUCCAGGAGCACAGGAUGCGUUCGGACCAGCCCAUGGCACGGUCGGGGUCGACCGCCAUCCCCACAGGUUCAUGGCCUCAUGGCCUCGGAGGCGCCCCUGGCACCGAGGAUCACCUCCAGGCUUGUCCGCAGAACUCGGCCUCCUCUGCGGCUGAGGUUGAGGUGACUACGCCUCCCCACAUGGUUUCCCAGCCUGAGUGCCCGCCCAGCCGGCUCACGCCCGGGGAGCCCACCAGCACCGCGGGUAUGAGCCAGUCGAUCCUCUCUACCGAGCCACCGUUGGCAGGGCAGUCGGACGCGUUGCUGUAUUACCUCAUGACGCGGGCGCGCGAUCAGCAAGAAGCCCGAGAGCCCCUGCCUGCGGACUACGCCACGGAGGAGUGGGCCCGCGUUUUGGAAGAGGAAGUGCAGGACUGGGACAGCGCAGAGCCCCCAGAACAGCCGCGGCGUCAGAAAGCCAAGGCGAGGUGCAAAAAGAGCAAGGUCGAGGGUGAGGAGCCGCUAAGGGCAGGCGACACUGCUCUUAUCGUGAAGGGAAUACAUGCGCAGUGCGGGAGGGACGACGUGUACGCCAUGCUCGAAGAAUCCGGCUUCAUCAACACAUUCGACAUUUUGCACGUGCCGAAAAACUUCGUGAGCCACCAGAACAAGGGCUACUUUCAUGUCAAUUUCAGGGAGGCGGCGGAUGCGGAGGCAUUCUCGCGGCUGCUGCAAAGCUCGCCCAGUGGCUCGGCCGCGAAGAAGGUAAUUGCCAAGCCGACGUCGAGAUUGGUGGCUCAUCGCGCCCGCUACCAAGGGCUUUGUAACUUUGUGGUGGAUCUCCUGUCGAGUCGCAAGCUUCGCGCCGAAAACCGAGAGCAUCUUCCGUGGGUUUACCUCCUCGGUUCGUCUCGAAAGGGGUACCCGUUGACCAAGGAGGUGGCCGAGCGAUUGGUGUCCUCAGAGUUCCAUUGGUCUGGUGACUCGCCGCCUUGCUCCAGCAACGCCACCCCGUAG